CCGAAACCCCCCCAAGUCGCACACCUUCUCCAAAGAAACAGCGAUAACAAGAAAAACAACAACAAAGAAAGAGAUAGAUAGAAGUGGGAAACCCAGAAAUCAUGGACCACACCACCAACAUAGUACCCUCCUACCCGGAGGCCUUCCCACCACUCGACUCCUACACACCUAUAACAUCGCAACACAACCACUCCGCACCGCCAAUCUGCGACGACAUAUACUCCUCCACAACAACAACAACAACAACAACAACAGCAACCACACUAGACCCCGUCUUCCAAAUCCAGUACGACACGCCUCUAUACACCGAAAUCAACAUCCCCCUCCCACGCCUCCCCCCUCCUCGCAACCCCGCCUGCAAAACCGGCAACAUCACCAGUCCGCCUCCCUCGCCAUCAACCGCCGCCGCCGCAGCAGCAGCAGCACAAGACGCACCACCCCGCGGCCGUUCAAAAACCCUCUCGUCACUCUCUCGCUUCCGGACGCGGCGCUCUUCAUCUACCUCGUCCUCUCAAACACCUCCGUCUCCCUCCAUAUCAUCCUCGGCGAUGCAAAGGCAAAGCGACGACACCCCGCGCACUCGGCCCCGCAAAGAAACUAUCAAAUCGCGCGAAAUCAACGCGCUGAUGGAUCUGCGGCAUCAGAGCAAGAAAGGGCCGAGCGGCACGAUUGAUGCGUUGGCGGUUGUGCCUGCGGUGCUGGUGUUGAGUGCCGAGUUGUUUACGCCCGGCGAGAAGGGGGGCAAGAGGAAGGAUUCGGGGGUGGGGAGGUGGGAGGAUGGCAUUAGGUAGGAGGGCGAUUGUCAAGGGAAAAGGGACUUUCAUUUUUUUUUUCUCUUUACACGUUCAAGGGGUAAGAUUUCAUGGAAGGAAUUGCGGCGUUUGGAGCAUUUUCUUUUGGGCCAAAGCUGCGAUGGGAGAUGGGAGUGGGCGGCUUUUUUUGGGGGGGUGGUGUCUUGAGCCACAUGUGUAUACUACUGCGUAAAACAGAAAGGAAUCGAGGGGGAAGAGAAAGGGAAAAAAAGUUGUGGUUGCGGGGGAAGGGGAAUUUUGUUGGAUGGAAGAUGAGAAGGAGAGUUGAGAUGCUGGGUUCAGCAGAGGAAUGAAGAUAAAGGAACGAACUUGAGCGGCACGAUGCACCUACUAGUUAGUUGGAGAAAUUCCUCAGGACUGCAGUUGCAGAACAUGUAUACCCCAAAUCAGUCUAUUCAUGAUAACAUGCAUAUUCAAUUCUCUGAACAG